UCUGUGCACUUUCCCUGCUGUGUGUAAACAGAGGAUGGGCUCAAAAGGGAAUGGAUCUCUCCAUAUCAUGCUGGCCAGCCACAAAGGUCUAGGAGAAAAAACGGUUCUUUCUAAAAAAGAAAAAAUGAAGCUGAGGAAAGAAAGAUGGCUACAGAAAAUAGAAAGUGUGAAGCUAGCCAAGCAGAAGCAAAAAGCUGAGGCAAAGCGGAAAGCAACACCUGUGGUGGGAGACAUGCAGCCAUUGAUGGAAGCCCUACCUGAGCUCUCUGACCUGACCACAGGUAGCAGGGGCAGGAAGCCAUCGAAGAGCCACAUCAGAGCAAAGGCAGAACCAGCAGACUUCUGUCUGAUGAAACAAGCUCAGAAACGCCAGUUCUUAGAAGAGGAAGUGGCUCGGUUUCAUGAGGUCAUCACUAAUCCCAGGUACAGAGCCAACCCCCUCAUGGUCAUCAGUGAACAUCUCUCCAAGAGUCUGAGGCAGGAGGAAGAAGGCUAUGUUGGAUUUUAAGCUCUGAACACCAGCCCCAGCUGCAGACGUGCUUCCCCUGCUUAUGUUAUGCAAGCUGAGCACUGCAUUGGAGAGCUGGGCCUUGGAUGGGGCUAUGCAUUAAUGGCACCUCCUGCCCAUGGCCUGCAGCUGCUCUUGCAUGCUCCCAACAGCCCAAGAUGUGACUAAGACUUGAACCAAGCACAGGUACAUCUGAAACCAGCCAAGAAGGGUUCCUGCAGAUGUAGCAGGAACAGCUGCAGGGAAGAACCCGAGUAAACCCAACUGCAUGUCAAUUUGAGCCACUUAAUGGUUUUGGAAGCAGAUGAGAUUGGCACCAGCAAAUCCUCCUUUCAUCUACAUGUUGCACAAAAGAGGAGCAAGGUGAAUCAUCCAGUCAAGCCUUUGCAGCUGAGCAGAGUCAUGUGCCCCUGCCCUGAAGCAUGGAUUUCACCAUAGCCUUUUUUUGUGGCAGCCUUUGUUGUUUUCACUACCCUUGGUGGCUGUCCUGCCAGGACAAGGUAUCAUCAUCUUGCUGUGUCCUGGCCUCUUCCAGAGCACUCAGGGAGGUGCACAACGGGUCAGACCCUCAGGGGCUCCACCAGUGCCCUCCCUUGAGAGAUACAGUCCUGCUCCUGCUCUUUACUUCCUGACCUUUCACCAGUUACUAAUCCCAGGAGGUCUCUACCUCUUAUCCCAUGGCAUCUCAGUUUCUUUAAGAGCUUUUGGGCAUUCUUCAAGCACUUAAGCACAUGCCAUUUGGAAAUCUACCAGUAAAGCCCAGGUUAAUUUGAUCACCCUUAUCUCCAUACUUACUGUUUCCUUGCAAAGGAAAAUCAUGCCCUGCAAUGCUAAUUAUCUGGGUGUCUGCUGAUUCUGCUUUGAACCGUGGAUUGCUUCAGUGUGAGGUGUUAAACCUGGCUUUGUGUUUUCAUUUUGAUGAGCAAUUCAGUCCUGCUCAGCCAUUUUCUCUGUGAAAGGUGGUGUUUUCCCCUGGGAGCUGUGGAGCUGCGAUCCAGUGUGGAAGCAGAACUGAGUUGGGGUGGCACCUGGGGACCCGGCCUGGCACACCAGCAGCUUGCCCAUAAGGCAGCGGCAGAUGCCUGAUAUGCAAAUCCCAACUCCUCUGGUUUCUUGAAGCUGCUGGGAUGUCUCCCCUGCCACACAAGCAGUGGUGAAGGGAGGUCAUGUGAACAGUGCUGGGCAAAACACCAGUUCUUCCAUGUAUCAGUUGUCAGGGCUGGGCUUCUCACUCAGAGUGUGUGAAAAGGCACUGCAUCCAUCCACAAAAAAAAAAAGAAAAAAAAACAUGCUGAAAUAGCUUACACUUCCUAAGCACAAAUUUAUGUAACAAAGUCAGACUUGUGGUAAAAAAACCUAAAUAUUUGAGGGUGAUAAGAUACAUGGAUGGGAGAAAAAUGCAUUAUGUGCUACAGGAAGUGUUUGCAAAACCAUGCAAAAAUAAAUGGUUACCUUCCGUUCCCUGAGGU